GUGGAUACUGCACACUUCAUUGUCCAGAAGGUGUAGGCUCGGUGCGCUCACAUGUUGGAGUCGGCGCACGUCGCUGCUCACCUUCUCUGUCCUAGCCGACGGAACUUGAGGUACUAUGAGGGCGUAGUCAGCGACUAUGACGCGAGCUUAGUGAGGGAGGCGGAGGUCUACAUCUUGUCGCAGACAGGGUUCAGUUUAGCAAGCCCCGAGUACGAGACCGCAUGUGCGCAAAUGCGCGACUUUCACACACGGAGGGGGGGGAUUGCGUGGGGGGGGAGGGACGGAGACAGAGAGGCACAAAGGUGCACCGGCGAUGUGGAGACAUACGAGGCCGGGUGUUGGUGGUCGAAGUGGGGACAGUGCGCCCCGCAGUUGCAGGUUAUCCCUCUUCGUGUUAUGUACAUAUGGACGUGCUCCUCUCCUGCGAAGAAGAAUAGGGUCGUCCACGAGGGUGUACAGACGAAGAAGUGUAACCGGCUUGAGUUUGAGAAGGUUGCGAAGUUGGUUGAGAUCUCAGCCAACGUCCGCCUUCUCUCUCAUCAGGGGGCAGGCCGUGGGUUUGCGCUGUCGUGGACUGUAGAUGGGUCAUUGUUGGAUGUGGAGGGAGGCAUUGGGACUCGCCCCUCGUGGAAGGGGACAGAGGACAGCAGGACGCAGGAGGAGCUGGAGUGUCAGAGACGUUCGUGGCAGCGAGACCCGUGUGGGUCGAGAGCUCCUCCGGGUGAGGUUGCAGAUGUUUUUGGGACUCGAGCUGCCACAUUGCGCCCAUACCCUAGAGACGAUGAAAGCGAUUACAAGGGUCGGGAGCAGGAGGACGAGCGGGCGGGCCCCACUACUGCCACUCCUGCUGCACAGGAGGUUGAUGAGUGGAGCGACCCGGAGGACGUCCGUGGACGGAGUGGCGGGGAUGACUUUUUCGGUGGGGUUAAUUUGCAGGGUGAGGAGGAGUUAUGGGGUUGUUAUGGGAGCCCUGUUGAGCAACAGAGGCCUACGUCACCUGGCAUGCGGUCUGUCGAGCGAGAGAGAGUGCAUGGAUCUGCACCUUCGAGGGGGGCAGAGUUGGGUUGUGGUGGCGGCGCCCCUGGCCAGCCCCCCGAUGGUCGACUGCGUAGAUCGGUGAAGGGCCCGAGACAGCGAUUAGAGGAGAUUCAGGAGAGAUUAGCGGGCGGCGAAGGCGGUGUCGGGGUUGCUGCAGUGGUUGACGGGGACGCGAUUGGGACUGUUCGUGAUGAGGGGAUGCCGGGGGGUGGCGGAGGAGAUUUCAGUGAGUUUGGUAACUUGGGUAUGCCCCCAGGAGAGAGCGAGUCCCGGGGGGACAUUAGUGUCGGCAUGCAGGCCGUGUUGCGAGAGAUCAGCGUCCUGCACCCGGAGACUUUCUCCCCUGCCAUGUGCGGAGAGUUGAUGCAGUCAUCACCUGAGGCAGAGGGAGAUGAGGACAGCACCCCUUCUGGAGAAACAUCUGAAGAGAGGCUGGAUAGGCUUGAUAGUCGUCGGGCUUGCCUCAUGGCACGAGGGGACCCCUUGACACAGGAGUUGGCCCGUCUUGCGGUUGAGGAGCGACAGAGACAGCUGGGGACAUUUACGCGGGCGUCCCUUGACGUAGAGACAGUUGUCCACAUGGAUCCUUCGACAGGCGCUCGUGAUGGGACACAGGGGGAGGCAGCUUUGGUCGAGGCGUCGAGGACUGGAGGGGAUGUUGAGCAAAGCUCGCACGUAGUGACAGCUAUCCACACGCAUGUGUUGCCUAACCAGCCUCCUCACGACGAGCGGAGGUCCGAGGACACUUUGCAUGAGGCCGCGGGCAUGCCUCUGCCCACGGGUUUGGUUGAGGGUGUCGUGCACAUGUCCCCGGGUUUGGAGGACGAACAGACAGGGCAGUCGGUGGGCGUUGAUGAUGUUCGACCAUCCGCACAGGCAGAGGGGAUUGGACCGACCACCAGGGGGAGGAGGACGUCACGGGGGACGUUGAUGUCAGGGGGGCAGAGGCGCCAGUUCAGGUUGAUCCGAUGCACACAUUUGGGGGGCAAGAUCGUGCACAGGUCGAUAGCGAGGUUAUACCCAGAGAGGACGUGAGAAACAGGCAUGAUGGAGACAGACAGGAGACGCCGCAGACUUUGGUGGUUCGCACGGCUGUGGGGCCGGUGGUCCCACAUC